UGUGCAGAGUAUGAGUGGUGUGGUAAGAAAGACGGUCUGUACAGUUGCUUUUCUGAUGAGCAUCCUCCUAUACACGACAAUGAGAGCUACAGUCCGCUCUACCCAAUUUCUGGAAACACAACUCAACGAGCUCUUGAUGGAAGCUCCCCUCUGAUUGUCCUACAACGACCUUUUGUGUAUUUUGGACAACCAUACAAUCAGAUUUAUGUGAACCAUAAUGGACAUAUAACCUUUAAUAAUCCAUGGGGGAUACACGUACCUCAAAGUUUUCCAAUGUAUGGGACUAUGGACAUAAUCGCUCCGUUCUGGACUAAAUUUGACAACAGACAAACUGGUCUGGUCUACUACAAACAAUAUACAACUGGCAACAUCCUCAACCAAGCAACAGAGGACAUUAAUAAUUACUUCCCACAGUUUAACUUUACUGCAAGCUGGGUGUUUGUAGCAACUUGGCAUGAAAUGCCGUAUUGGCUACAUAAUAAUUCACGAACAACAGUACAGGCUGUCUUGAUCUCUGGAGGCCARUACUCCUUUGUACUGAUGAACUAUGGGAAUAUAUCCCCAAACAGAUGGAAYGUACAG